AGUCAAACGACGAACACUUGUCACGUUUUUGAGGUUAUGUUGACGUUUUUUAAAUUCGUGCCCCGAAAUUCCAAAAAUGCCCAAAAUAAAAGUUGAUCACAUCGUCAGCUUCAGCAGCGAGGACCCAGUGCAUGUCGCCAACAACGUUUUGAGCAGCGAUCCCGCUAAAAAAUGGAAAUGCAAAGAAGCCGGCGAAAGAUCGGCCACGGUUGUUCUCCAACUCGAGAAAGCGUCGGUCAUUUCGGGAAUCGACAUCGGCAAUGAAAAUUCGGCCUACAUUGAAGUAUUAGUGACGCGGUCCGGCACCUCUGAUGAUUUUAAAGUCUUGUUAGUGAUGUCGUCGUUUAUGACCCCUCUGGAGGCUCGACAAAGCACGAAUAUCAACAAAGUUCGCAUGUUUGUGCAAGAUCAACUAUCAAAACCGGAGUGUGAGCAGAAAUGGGACAGGGUGAAAAUUGUGUGCACUCAGCCAUUUAAUAGACACGUACAGUAUGGUUUAUCGUUCAUUACGUUGCACACUUCGGGCGAUAAACCCAACGGAGCCCCCGUUCAAACUACUAUAGGCAAGUUUGCAGUGCGGCCUGAGUCUCCAGAUAGCUUAUCAGCCGGGAGCUUGUUUGCUAGGAGAGCUGAAUUAAAAAAAGAACCGUUGUCGGCGGCCGCUGCAAUCCGUGAAGCGUCUACUUCGGCAUCACCGGUAGCUAAACCAAAAUUAAAAAUUAACAAUAACUCGCACAACAGUGAUAGUGACAGUGAAACUAAAAAACCUCAACCAAGAAACAGAAAUGAGCUCCUGUAUAGCAAAGAUGAGGAAGAGCCAAAUGAGAAAAUUGAUAAAAUUAUAGAGAAAAAACAGAAUGAAGUGAAAGAAAAGAAAAAUAAGGAAGUGAAAGCUCAAAAGAAAACGGGAGAGUCUAGUAAGAGGAAAAACGACGGUGGUGAGAGCAGCAGCCCUAAGAAAAAAAUCAAAGUGGUGGAAAAACCAAAAGAGAAGAGAAAACCGUUCACUGAGUUGUUGAGAGGCGUCACACUUGUUAUCAGCGGUAUCCAGAAUCCCGAUCGCGCGAAUUUAAGGACUCUGGCUCUUGAAAUGGGAGCUAAGUAUAAAUCAGACUGGGACAACACUUGUACACACUUAAUUUGCGCUUUUACUAACACCCCUAAAUUUAACCAGGUCAAGGGUAAGGGUAAGAUUGUUAAAAAAAGCUGGAUUGAAGAGUGUCACUCGCAACGGAAGCGUCUACCCUGGAGAAGGUUUUGUUUAGAUAAAAGUGAUUCUAAAAAAGCGGAGAGUGAAGAUGAAAUUUGGGAGGAAAUAGCUGAAGAAAAGAAAGAUGAUAGUACUGAUGAAGAGGGCUAUGAUGACACUAAAAUGCAAAAAAGAAUUGAAGAAAUUCAAGCCAAACAAAAAGACAAAGAAAAAACGAAAAAACUUGAUACAUUUUCUCAGGACACAGAUGAAGAAACAAUCGCAAUAAGCGACGAUGACGAAAUUUCCAAAAAAUUACCAGAUUUCUUAGACUUCAAAACUUUCUUCAUUGACGAAGUUUUUGAUGAAGAUAUUACGAAAAUGUUGGAAAGAUACGUCAUAGCGUAUAAAGGAGUUGUUGCUGAAAAUCCCUCCACUGAUGUCGAUUUUUUUAUUACGUCAGAAGACAACGCUGCCAACUUGAAAAAUUAUAACUCAAAUGCGGUGUGUUUGAGACCUGACUGGUUAUGGGAUUGUCACAAUUCACAAAAAUUAGUUUCUACUGCCGAGUAUGUAUUGUGAUGUAGCAGUUGGGCGGAAGGUUAAUAUUUUCCGAGUAGGACAAGCACGGUUUUAGCAUGUUUCCUUCAAAUAA